GAUCGAGGAGAGAUGAAGAGGGAGGGGUCUCUAAAGCCGACAGCAUCUCUCUCUUUCUCGCGCGCGACGCAGUGUAGUCGACAGCAUCCCGCGGGUGGUCUCGAUCGAAGGGAGAGACAAGGCCCGGGAGAACCGACGAUCUGUCGUCGUCUCUCUCUUUUUUCUCUCUUCCUUUUCUCUUUUCAACCUACACCACUUUUUAUCCUAUUACGAUCUAAUAUAUCUUUUAUAUCAUCUCGCUUCUCCCUUAUCUUUUUUCCCUUUCGUCCUUUCAUAUAACUUUUCUAUCUCUUUUUCUCUCUACCUUUCUCUCUCUCUCUCUCUCUCUCUCUCUCUCUCUCUUUCUCUAAUUCGCGAAAAAUAAAGGAAUGAAGAAAUAAUAAUAAUAAUAAUAAUAAUAAUAAUAAAAAGAAAGAAAUAUAUAAAUAUAAGGGGAAAAAAAAAAUUCAUUCACCGGGCCAAGUGAAAGAUAUCGAAGUAGAUCGUCGUACGAACACGAUCUGUGACUCUUUAUAAAUAGAGAGAGAGAGAGAGAGAAGAACAUAGAUAGUGAAUUGAAUAGAAGAAGAAAUAGAAGAGAAACGGACGGUAGCAGGAAAGGAAGAACGCGCGAGCGGAAGAGAUUUGAGCGUGGCGGUUGUUCCGAGAAUACGCGGAAGCGAGAAAGGAAAAGAAAAAGAGAAGGAGGAGAAAGAAGUGGAAGAGGAGGAGGAGGAGGAGGAGGUCUAGAAGGAGUAAAGAGGAGAGAAGAGGAAAGAGGAGGUAUCAGUUAGUCUGCCGUCUCGUUCAUCUCAUCCAGUUCGGUUCACGUUCGUGUUCGGUCGCGUGCAAAAGAAGAGAGACAUAUAUUUAUAUACACACACACACAUACACACAGACGCCCCUCCGAGACUCGCGUGGCUACCCUCCGCGACCGCACCUGUCUCGAACGAGCGCGCGCGCAAACUCGUAACACGCACGCAUACACGUAGACACGGGAUCUCUCUCACAAGACACUACACGACACAACAUCACAACGUAGACGACAGCAACCAACGACGAUUGAAGAGCAAAAGAAGAAGAUAGAUAAAGAGAGUGAAAUAAAGAGAGCUAAAAGGAAAAAGAGUAACAGAGAGAAAGAGAGAGAGAGAGAGAGAGAGAGAGAGAAGAGACGACCAACAUCUACCAACAGCAACAGAGACUACGAAGAAUCUCUUCACGAUGUCGCGUUGGGAGUCCGCGAAGUGUGUCGUUGCUAUUUUAAAGUAGUACGUAUGUAUAUUCCGAGACUCACGGAGGACGUACGAUCCGUUUCGUUCGUCCUCGGUCAGAAAUUCUUAGACGAGAGUGCUUCCUAGAGAGAAGAAUUUAAUAGAGCCAAGAGUUUUUAACGAGACAGCUACGUGCGAGUAAAUGAUAUAUAUAUAUAUAUAUAUAUAUAUUUUUUUUUACGACAUACGAAGAAAAAUGAUAAAAUUAGUGAAAUCAAUUGGAUACGUUAUAUUACAACAUGAAAUACGUAUGUACUUGCUUACAUAUAAGACUUUAAUCGCCGCUCGACAAUGUUUACUUACAUUACGAUAAGACAGUUGGAUAAGAGAACGGCUAUGGACAUUGUAAAAAGAUAAUCUUCGAUCUUGUCGACAAAACGGUAAAGACGGAGACAGAGAGACAGACAGAAAAACAGAGAGAGAAAGAUAUAUAUAUUACGUUGUAAAUAAAGAAAAAAAAAAUCUAAAGGAGUGAAGUUUAUACGAGUCUAAUGAAAUCAUCGUGCAAUAGUGUUGUUGUGUUACAUACGCGCACACACACACACACACAUAUACACACACAUAUAUAUAUAUAUAUUUGUUGUGUUGGAAAAAUAGUGAGACAUAAUAAUGUAUGAGAUCGAGAGCGCGUGCGCGUUGACGUGCGUGUUGGCGCACGUCAAACAAGAUCACGCUACGAGAUAAUUACGACGACAAGUCGUCCCUGUGGAUGAAUGAACGUGACCCGUACAUUUUUUUCUACUCGACGUGGAGAAGAAGAAGGCAAAAGAAGAGAAGAAGAAGAAGCAGAAGAAGAAGACGAAGAAGAAGAAAAGGAGAAGGAGAAGGAAGAAGCAUUAGCAACGGUAGCGACGACGAAGGGUGGGAAAGAAGAAAAAGAAGGGGAAGGAGAUGGAAGAAGAGAAACGUUACGCGUCUUUGUAAGAGAGAAAAAGAAGAAGAAAAAAAAAGAAAAAGAAGAGAAGGAGGAGGAGGAAGAAGAAGAGAAUAGCGGUUUUCAUAGCGCAGAUUUAUUCGCAACGUGCCAACUGUACACCUUCGUGAUAUAAGGCGAGCGCCAACUACUGCUACUACUUUUGAAUAAAUACACGCUUAAACACAACAAACAAAAAAUCCAGACACACACACAAAAUCAAAACAAAAGAGGACCAUUCGAGAUCAUCUCUUAGAAGGAAGUAGAAAUAAAAGAAGAAAAGAAAAGAAGAGAUUAUCGAUGUGUAAACGUCGACAUUUUUUUUCGUAUGCGAUCAAUUAUAUCCUAAUAUUUUGAUUUUAUCGUGUAUCAUUCUUGUGUGUUAAUGAAAAUUCGAUGAUUAUAAUGGAAAGGAAAAGUAUCGAAGCACGGCCAAAGAUCGAAAUCGUACGUGUCUCAUCCAUCGAACGGCGAAACUUUCGCCCAUUGGAUGGGGUGCAAUUACGUGCUGCUUAUAGUCACGUCAGAGUUGGAAUUUAUUGCCCGGAAUCGGAAACAACGAAACCCGUCGUUUGCGACACCAAACCACCGAUCGAAUACACGAGGAAAUUUAAAAAAAAUUUGGGACCAGUAUCGAGACUGCUGAGACGUCGUCAUCAUGCGACAUGCCUUGCAACCAAAUCCUGUGAUAACAUUUAUACCGUGAAUAGAAAUAGUAAUUCAUUGGACUGGAGAUUAGGACAAAGUGGAAAUGAGCAAGGGCUACAAUCUCGACAAAGCAGUAGCUUAGACUGGAGAGUCGGAAGAUCCGUCACUUUUGGUUCCAACAAGCUCCAUUGGCGAAAUGCCACUCGUAGUGCUGAACAACUUUCUGCCAAUACUCCGAUCGGUUCUGAUCAUAUUCAAACGCCAAGUACCAAAUCUAAACUCGUAUCGCUACUUAGACGACUCUCACCUCGUUUAUCACGACCCGGAAGCAAAGGAUCCUUGCAAUCAUCACCGACUAUCUGUCCAUGGGUCCAAGUAGAAUAUUCGACGGAAUCGAUCGAUGCCACCAAACGAGAGGAGUCCCAAGAGAGUGACUUGAGUUUUCAACAGGAAUUACAAUUGAACGAGCUGAGAAAACGAAUGGCAGGAAUCGCUUCUACUUCUCAGGUCAUUACGAAAUCUACGAACGAUAACGAAGAUCAAAUCGUGCCACAUCAUCAUCCGACCUUUCAAGUCCAGGAAUCCAACAACAUCGAUCGUAACGACUGCAUCCAUACAGCCGUGCACGAGGAUCGCGGAGAGGAGAAGCCGUCGUCGAGGGAUCGUCGUCGAUCAAACGUCGAUCACGAAACGACUCGGCGUUGUGGGGUGGGUGGAAACGCCGAGCUACCGGGCCUGGAGGAGUUUGGGGACUCCUGCGUCGCGACGGUGACGUCCUCGGUACCCGGGGCUGGGCUAAGCUCUGGUCGACGCACCAGGCCCCUUUCUCUUGCCGUACAACCUCUCAACUAUCAUCGUCUCGAUCCAGACGCCACAGGCGACGAACUCGAUCAUCAUCUUCUACCCAACAUGACCAGUCAGGAGAGCAUCGGAAGCUGCAGCUUGGACGUCGAUCGUUCCGUCUCCGACCGAUCAGAGAACACCGUAGAUACCGUCUCAGAGAGAACGCUGCACAGUCUUAACUUGUCGUGUAACGGUGAGCCGAUUUCCACGGCGGAAAAUUUGGUGAACGGUAGCAGCGAGACGCUGCAAAAGUCCCAUCUCACUCCCGAUGAUAAGGUAAUCGUCAGCAAUGGUCAUCGUUGCAGUCCCGAGCCAGAACAGCUGACAGCUAAGAAGCCAAGUUACUUGGGAUUGGCUUGCAGUAUUAGCGGCUACUCGGGCAUCACAAGGUACGAUAGUAAAUUGAGAGAAGGUUUCCGAUCGAGAGACAGCAGCCCUGGUACAAGACUGAUCACUAGGGAUACUAGUCCUGCAGGUUUCAAAUCAAACGAGAAUUUAAGUGUUCCGAUACAUCAUUAUCCGCCUAAGAGUCAAUCAAUUUCACCGCUCGCAAUGGAUCGACAAAAUGGUUUCGCUAACGGCAUGAAGGAGGAGUGUAAGAUAGAAACUUAUAGAGAAACGAGAAAUUCGAUGAGUAUAUGUCAGGGCUUCUCCGAGGUCGAUAAAGGGGUAUCCAUACAUGCAACGUUUCCCGACGUAAGCCCCAUUAGGGUAAAUUCUUCCUCGAGAAGGAGUCCUGGGAUCGUACAAGUGAUGUCCUGUGGUCAACAAACGAAAUCCUUUUCUUCAUCGAGCUACGCCGAGUCAUCGCCAAAACCUUCUACGAUAAAUAUUUCAAAUACCUCGUUUAGCGAUACAAGUAUAUUGAACGGUUCGAACGUCGAGAUUGAACAACAAACUACGAAUACCUCUUCCAGCAGUGAAAAGUCCUUCAUUCAGCAACGGGUCGAACGAUUGUACGGUCCUGGAGCUCUCGCACAGGGUUUCUUCUUUAAACGAAGCGUUACUAAGUUAAACGUUACUGACAAUAGUUUCAAUAAAUUUAGUAAUAAUAGCGACAACUCGACGGACAACGUUAACACCGAGGAGUCCUUGAAAAAUCUGCCAGUCCUUAGACAUCUUCGGCCUGAAUUCCGUGCUCAAUUACCUGUGGUCAGUUCUAGAAAACCUACGGACGGUACCGAACAAGUAAUAAAACCAUUGCGAAGGAUAUCGCCAGCUCCACGUAAAACUGAACAACAAUCGAAAAUUUGUAAAACCUCACACGUCUCGGAAAUCGUUGCGGAAUCGUCAAACCAGCACAAUAACAGCAUCGCUAGUAUACCGGAUCAACAACCCGCUGCACCGAAGGUAGUGUUACCUGUUUUAGAAACAAGCGCUAGUUCCAGUAACGUGGCAAAACAAAUGCAGGAAUUAGAGAAAACGACUGAAGAAAAGAACGGACAUUAUUUUUUGAAACUGUUGAAACAAGAAACGGACAGACUUUUGUCAUUAGCUGCGUCAGCUGAAGCCGAGUUAGCCAGUGGCGAUCCCGUUGCAUUACCCGAAGAAGCAGCCGGUAAAUUGAGAUCGGCCGCUGGCAAAGCGAGAUUACUGGCUUCGCAAAAGAUGCAGCAGUUCGAGGGAUUGUGUCAAAAAAAUAUUAAUCAAGUGCCAGGCGAAGAAUUUCCAACUACGAACGAAGACUUGGCUGGCUUUUGGGACAUGGUCAUGCUGCAAGUAGUUCAAGUUAAUGAACUUUUUGAUCAAAUUGAAAAGUCAAGAAAAUCGCAAUGGCAAGAGAAUCCUUUGCAUCGUAUAUUCGUAUAUGGAACCUUGAAGAGAGGAGAACCAAAUCAUAAACUCAUACAGGAUACGGCUAAUGGAUAUGCGAAAUUUCUUGGAAUUGCUAGAACUACGUCAUCUUAUCCAUUGAUAAUUGCUACUAAAUACAACAUUCCAUUUUUACUGAAAAAACCAGGAAUCGGUCAUCAUGUGAUCGGCGAGAUAUACGACGUCGAUUCGAAGAUGUUGACGAGAUUGGAUGAACUCGAGGAACAUCCAAAUUUUUAUGAGCGUAUGGAAGAGGACGUUCUCAUGGCAACAGAAUCUAAAUUCAAAUCCAAUAAUAAUUUCGAAGAGAUCGGCUCGUUAACAAAAGCAUGGAUUUACUUUUUACCAAAAUUCAAGGCUUCCUUACUCGAAGGACCGAUGUACGAAUCCUACAGCAAUGAGGGAGAUCAUGGAUUAAAAUAUGGAGAAAAGUACGUUCGCGAUCCUACAUUUGAUCACAGAAGAGAGCGACGUAAGUACAGCAACUUAUGAGGACGUACUUUGACAAUGUCCAAGGUCAUGCACGAAUAAAUACGAAUGUAACUAUUGUUUAAUUCAAUAUCGCGAUCUGUGAUGAGAUCUUAUAUUCGUAGUAUCUAUAUAUAUAACUAUACAUAUAUGUAUAUAUAUAUAUAUGUAUGUAUGUAUAUAUGUAUAUAAGUAAACAUACGUAUAUCAAAGCUGUAAAUACAAAGAGAAAAAAAAAAAAAAAAAAAAAAAAAAAAAAAAAAAAAAAAAAAAAAAAAAAAAAAAAAAAAAAAAAAAAAGGAAAGAACGAACGAGUUAAGCUGAUCUAAAAAGUAUUUAAUAUUUAAUAUAAGCUUUGUUUUACACUCACCUCCAAAAGUACAUUAACAAUUUCUACUUCUUGCUCUCUUUCUUUCUUUAAUAAAACAAAGAAAAAGAAUAUAUAUAUAUAUAUAUAUAUAUAUAUAUAUAUAUAUAUAUAUACAUAUAGAUAUAGAUACAGACACACAUAUAUAUAUAUAUAUAUGCAAGUAAACGAAUCAAUGUGUAGGAUUCAAUCUUGUGAUAACGAUCAACGCGAAUUCAAAAGAAAGAAAAAAAAAACAUCAACAGAAUUAAGAAAUCGGACAAUGAAAAACUUCCAUAAAAUUUUAUGUAUAUAUAUAUAUAUAUAUAUAUAUAUAUAUAUAUAUAUAUAAAUUUGUAUAUACAUAAUGCGAUAUAAUAUUUAAUGUCGCAUCGAAAUAAGGACACGAUAGACGUUACCGGCAAUUUUAUAAAAGAAAAAUUAUUGAUCCCUUUUCUUCGUCUUCUUCUACUUCUUCUUCUUCUUUCAAUAGUAUACAUAAUACAUAAAUACAUAAUUUAGGAUUCAGAAAGGAAAUUCUUAUACCCCAAAAAAAUCGUUCUCGAUGAUUCAUUUUUAUUUACUUCCUUUAUCAUUUUAUCAAUAGCCACGUUUUCUCUCUUAUAUGUAUAUAUAUAUGUCUCAACACUUUCUAACUUGAUUCUUCUUUUCGUCAUUUAAUUUUCUUAAAUAUCAUUCUAUCGCUUGCUUUCUUUCUCUCUUUCUCUCGCUCUCAAUCAUGCAACGAUAAAGUGAUUCUAAUUUCAACUAUAUACCGUUAACAGAAGGCAGAUUAUUUCUUCUUCUUCUUUUUUUUUUUUCCCCUUAUCGCCAUAAUCGGCUAGGAUCAUUCGAAUGUUUCUCUCUUUUUUUUUUCUUCGAGAGAUACUAUGCAGUUUCUCUUGUAACAUAUUUUGGAAGCUGAACGCAGAAGCUCUUUUACAACGAUUGGCGUUAAAAACAACGCGAUCAGAGAUACAUGGAGCAAUAUAUAUAUAUAUAUAUAUAUAUAUAUAUAUAUAUAUAUAUAUGUACACAUAUAUAUAUAUUUUUAUUUUUCUUUGUUUAUUAAUUGCAAUUACGAGAUCGAAAACGGAAAGGAUUACGUUUACUCCGUUUAUUUUGCACCACUUUGUCCUUUAUAUAUUUAUAGGAAUAAACGCUUACAUGGACAUUUUAAAAGCGUUUUACGUAUAGAUAAUAGUUUGAGUGGUGCGGACUAAAGUCAAUAAAAAAAAAAAAAAAAUAAUAAUAAUAAUAAUGAAAAAAAAAAAAAAACUAAAAUUA